AUGUUCGACAAUUUGAUGUUGAAGCUCGAUGAGGUAGUCACUGGGAUACUUGGAGAAUGGGAUAUUCUAACCACCCUGAUUCUUGGGUCUAUCAUUUGUUUCUUCAUUUACAAUGUGCUAAGCAGCCGCGACCCGGAUGCUCAUCCUAUGCUUCUAGCACGACAGGCACAGGCAUCGCCAGUUAGGCAAGAGGGAGAGUCCGCUGUUUUCCGGUCGCAGUCAGCACCCCAUGGCAUGCCUCUCAACUCUGGACUUAAUGUCAAAGACCCUGGCGAUUCGAAAUGGAGUAGAGGAAGAGAUGGUGAUUUGCGAGACGUCUGGCGCAGGGUUGUGACUGGGAAGUUAGACAAGGACGGUAAAGAGACGGGCGAGAAGGGAAAGAUCUUUACAAUUCUCGGAUCUGAAAAAGUCAUCGAGCAUGAACUAGCCGAUAUCAACCGGCAAAUUAAUCUCAUCGGUCAAAGCAUAAAGCAAAAUGGCGGAAAGAACGUUGCUGUAUAUCUUCCUAAUUCGGUGGAGCUUUUGGCAACAUUGUUCGCUUGCGCCUUUUACGAUCUUACUGCUAUACUUGUUCCAUACGACCUGCCUAUCAAAAAGAUUAUCUCGCUACUCCAUGAGUCCAAAGCCGAUACUGUCGUUGCGGCUGUUGGCUCCUUUCCUUUCGGCGUUAUGACCAAGAGUUAUCCGGCUCUGAAACAACUGAUAUGGGUAGUAGACGAGGGUAGCAAGCACAUGGAUUGGAAUGAGGUGCCCAAAGGAACUGGCGGCCCUGUCAAUGUUUCUACAUGGCAGGAAAUCGUUCAGGACGCAGCGCCAUCAGCUGGAACGGAUCUACCGGUAAUCAACAGAAAUGUUCCUCUUACAAAGGUCUUGGCAUUUUCGCCGUCCAGCAAGCUGGUGGAAUAUUCGCAGGCGAACAUAAUUGCUGGGACCGCAGGCCAGCUUUCUUCAGUUCCGACUUCCCAACGGUUCACUCCAGCGGAUUUGUUCUUACCAGUUGACUCAUUGACCAACAUAUAUGCCUUGGUAUUGACACUUGCAGCGCUCUAUUCAAAUUCUUCAGUCGCUCUUAACUCUGUGGCCGGAAAGAGCCCUGAUCUAGUGCUGGCUACGAAGGGCGUCGCUCCUACUGUCAUUGUGACCUCUCCGGAGGUGCUCUCGAAAGUGCUAUCAGAGGCCAAGGCCAGAAUGGCCUCUCCCAUUUACAAGAUUGUUCAUUGGUUCCAGACGCGAGCGCUCAUUGAGGAUGGCUCUAUGCCAAACUCAACCAUUUUCUCUCGGCCGUUCGAUUCCUUACGUCCCAAAUUGGGGAGCGGCAUCAGCAAACUGCGCACCAUUUAUAUCUCUGAGCAAAUUGAGGAGCAAUCCACGCAUCUCAGUGCGCAAAACCUUUCCGAUCUACGAAUAUAUACAGGGGCAAGAAUAAUCUACGCUUUAGCUUCACCUCUGGUAGCCGGAGCCGUCACACAAACAAGCGUCUUCGAUUAUAGAGUUGACCAAAUGGAAAAGCGAUCUCAUCUAGGGGCUCCAACUACCUGCGUUGAGCUCUUCUUUAAAGACAAAGGCCAGUACACAACUACAGAAAUUGCAUCACAAGGGGAGAUUUACGCAAGAGGUCCCGCAGUGGUUGGAGAAGAGGCUGACUUGGGUAUAAUUGGUAAGAUGAAGGAAGAUUUCACGCUUUCAGUGCAGCCAUUUUGA